GUUAGCGCGUCACCUAUACGUCAGUCUCUCGGCCGUCCGGUCCCGGGAGCAAAACUCCAGCGACUUUGGGCCCCGCCCCGCGAGGAUGGAGGGCGGCCAAUGAGGGAGGUUCUGAAGGAAACGCGACCAAUGAAACGAUCCAGGGGCGGGGCGCGGGGCCGGAGGGUGGAGCUGGCGGCGGCGGUGGCAGUCCGAGGUCUGGCUGCGCGCAGUAUAUGACAGUACGUCAGCAGCGGGAUGGCCGUAGCUGUGGCGGCGGCUGCAGAAGCCGGAGCAGCCGCGGCCGCAGUGGAGGCUAGAGCCCAAGCGGCGUCGGAGGCUGCACCCCGGGGAGUUUAAGAUGGCGGCGGGGGGGGCGGCGGGCCUGCGGGAGGAGCAGCGCUAUGGACUGUCGUGUGGGCGGCUGGGGCAGGACAACAUCACCGUAUUGCAUGUGAAGCUCACCGAGACGGCGAUCCGGGCGCUCGAGACUUACCAGAGCCACAAGAAUUUAAUUCCUUUUCGACCUUCAAUUCAGUUCCAAGGACUCCAAGGGCUUGUUAAAAUUCCCAAAAAUGAUCCCCUCAAUGAAGUUCAUAACUUUAACUUCUAUUUGUCAAAUGUGGGCAAAGACAACCCUCAGGGCAGCUUUGACUGCAUCCAGCAAACAUUCUCCAGCUCUGGAGCCUCUCAGCUCAAUUGCCUGGGAUUUAUACAAGAUAAAAUUACAGUGUGUGCAACAAAUGACUCGUAUCAGAUGACACGAGAAAGAAUGACUCAGGCAGAAGAGGAAUCCCGCAACCGAAGCACAAAAGUUAUCAAACCCGGGGGACCAUAUGUAGGGAAAAGAGUGCAGAUUCGGAAAGCACCUCAAGCUGUCUCAGAUGCAGUACCUGAGAGGAAAAGGUCAACCCCCAUGAACCCUGCCAACACAAUCCGAAAGACACACGGCGGCAACAGUGUCUCUCAGCGACCCUACAGGGACAGAGUGAUUCAUUUACUGGCCCUGAAGGCGUACAAGAAACCUGAGCUGCUUGCUCGACUCCAGAAAGAUGGAGUCAGUCAAAAAGACAAGAACUCCCUGGGAGCAAUUCUGCAACAGGUAGCCAAUCUAAAUCCCAAGGACCUCUCAUAUACCUUAAAGGAUUACGUCUUUAAAGAGCUUCAGAGGGACUGGCCUGGGUACAAUGAAAUAGACAGGCGAUCAUUGGAGUCAGUGCUCUCUAGAAAACUCAAUCCGUCUCAGAAUGUUGCAAGCACCAGCCGUUCAGAAUCUCCAUUGUGUUCCAGCAGAGAUGCAGUAUCUUCUCCUCAGAAACGUCUUUUGGAUUCAGAUUUUAUUGAUCCAUUAAUGAAUAAAAAAGCCCGAAUAUCUCACUUGAUGAACAGGGUACCGCCAACACUAAAUGGUCAUUUGAACCCCACCAGUGAAAAAUCCACUGCGGGCCUCCCACUGCCCCCUGCAGCUGCUGCCAUCCCUGCCCCUCCACCACUGCCUUCAACCCUUCUGCCUGUCUCCCAUUCUCUCCAGAUGGUAAAUUCUAACUCCAAUUCCCCUAGCACUCCAGAAGGCCGGGGGACUCAGGACCUGCCUGUCGACAGUUUUAGUCAGAAUGGUAAUAUCUAUGAGGACCAGCAAGACAAGUAUACCUCUAGGACUUCUCCAGAAACCUCACCCCCUGGUUCAGAUCUACUGAAGUGUCCAAAGCCUAUGGAAGAAAACCAUGUGACGUCUCACAAAAAAUCUAAAAAGAAGUCUAAAAAACACAAGGAAAAAGACCAAAUCAAAAAGCAGGACAUUGAGACUGUGGAGGAAAAGGAAGACGACCUUAAGAGAGAGGAGGAAAUUGCCAAGCUGAGUAACUCCAGUCCGGAUUCCAGUGGAGGAGUUAAAGAGGGCUGCAUUGCCUCCACGGAACCGUCAACAAUUCAACUCCCAGAUUAUUUGAUAAAAUACAUUGCUAUCGUCUCUUACGAGCAACGCCAGAACUAUAAGGAUGACUUCAAUGCUGAGUAUGAUGAGUACAGAGCUCUGCAUGCCAGGAUGGAGACUGUAGCUAGGAGAUUCAUCAAACUAGAUGCACAGAGAAAGCGCCUCUCUCCGGGGUCAAAAGAGUAUCAGAAUGUUCAUGAAGAAGUCUUACAGGAAUAUAAGAAGAUCAAACAGUCUAGUCCCAAUUACCACGAAGAAAAGUACAGAUGCGAAUAUCUUCAUAACAAGCUGGCUCACAUCAAAAGACUAAUAGGUGAAUUUGACCAACAGCAAGCAGGGUUGUGGCACUAGAGCUCUGCUGGAACCAGAAGAUGUGAAUAAACUUAAACUUAUUUAUUUAAAAUUCCAAAUGAGUUACCCUGGAUUCUAAAAAGAUGAAACUUUGCCUGUUAAAAGUUUCAGUAUUAGUAAACUUGAGUUCCUUUUUUUUUCUUUUCCAUUUUACUUUGCUUCCCUACAUUUCAAAGCUGCUUUUUCUGGUCCUUUUUCUCCCCUCAAGACUUGUGUUUGUUAAUAGAAAAUAAUUUUUAGGUAUAGGGAUCCAAUGUUUAUACUUCAAAUCAGUUGUUUUUCCUCAAAAAGUUGUGUUUGUCAUUAUAAAUGAUUUUUUAGAUAUUGGGGAUCCAUUGUUCACACUUAAAAAUUGUGUGUUUAAAAAAAAGUAACAUGCAAGGUGAAAUGCUUUUGGAUGAACAUAAGCCUCUUUUCUGACCUUUCUUAAUGCGAACUCUUUGCCUUAAAUGGUAGAAUAUUUAGAAAUUUGCACAAAAUACAAAAAAAAAUUAAAACAUUGUCUUGGAGGGUUAAAAAACAGAAAGGUAUCUGAGUAUGUAUUUGUGUACAGAGUUACAUACACAUAUGUAUUUACAGACUGGCUCAGUCUAGACCAUUAAAUCCACCCUGCAAGUUAACCCCCCAUUGCAAUGGUUGCCUUAAGGUGUUUGCUAGUUAUGUACAUAGUGUGGUUAAUCCUUAGCUACACUGCUUCCCACUUGGGUAGUGCAGUGGGAAGCAUACUGUGGCCUACCAGCGUCUGGAAGUGUGCUCAGCCUGUGUGCGUGCAGAGGUGGUGUGGACGUGAGUGUGUGUGGAGGAGAAAAGCUGCUACUCUCAGUAGGCCAAACGCUCAGGUCAAACAACUGACGAGUGUUACUGUAGGGUGUUUUUUUUUUCUGUCAAACUGCUACUUUUGUGGAAGACAAAAGCAUUUCCAUUUCAACUAUUUGUCAGCUUUAUUAAUGUUGGGAAAAAAUUAAUAUGUUAUGAAAAUGAAACAGAUCUAUAGUUUUGGGACAAAAUUAUAAAAUUAAAUGUGUAGGUAACCUAUUUAUAUACUGCUAUAAAGUAUUUUUUGAAGAGAGAUAUGCAAAGAGCUAUUACCUACAUGAGAUGUAUAUUUAAAGAUUUUUUUUCUUCCUGGGCACCAGGAAUAUAAAGAAGAGUGGAUAUAUUUAACAUAACAUACUGUGAUUCAUCAAACAGCACAAACUUUCAUUUCAUGGAGUUUAUCUGUUGGCGUUGAUUUACACUAUCACUUGUUUUAUCAUGUGGGAACAUAAGUUAUAUGGUCAAAAAGAUAAGGAUCUUAAACUAAUGUUGAUUCAAGUCGUGUUGUCUUAUUGUAUUGUCUUUUCAAAGUGCUGCCAGUUGAAAAGGGAAGCAUUAUGUUUACAAAUCUGUUUUGAAAUGUUUGCCAAAAUUUUGGUCGUGUCUUUAAUAAAGAUAUUUGUCUUGAGCAUCCA